AUGAUCGAGAAAGAUGAAAAAGAGCAAUCUGCUUCGGGCAGCAGCAGACCUCUUGAAACCACAGAAAAAAGUCCAGAAUCUGGAAGCACCGCCUCUGACAUUGUUGUUAACUGGAAUGGACCAGACGACCCAGAGUGUCCUCGAAACUGGCCAAAGAGCCGGAAAUGGCUCAAUGUGCUUCUAAUAUCCCUUCAAGGAACGCUCUCACCAAUCGCAUCAACAAUACUAACAUUAGGGGUAUUUGACAUCGCAAGCGAGUUCCGCCUAUUGAGCCCUUAUACCCCAGCCCUUCCUAUCGCUCUCUACCUCGUCGGCCUGGCCUUGGGACCGUUAGGCGUGGCACCAUGCUCGGAGAUUUUUGGCCGUCGUCCUAUCUACACGAUCUGCUUCGCUAUCUUCACUAUCCUAAACGUCGGUUGUGCAUUGGUCGACAACAUGGCCGGACUGGUUGUUCUACGCUUCCUAGCGGGCGUGGCUGGCUCCGCGGGGCCUAGUCUAGGCGGUAGCAGCAUCGGGGAUCUAUUUUCACACGAGGAACGGGGAAAAGCUCAAGCGGUGUAUGGUCUGGGGCCUAUUUGUGGUCCGGUCCUUGGGGGCGUUAUUGGUGGGUUCAUCGCCUACGGCACUCAAGGCUGGCGAUGGAUGAUGUGGGUGGUCGCUAUCGCUGCGGGUGUAGUUACCGGUCUUGCUGUCCUCUUUCAGAAGGAAACAUAUGCGCCUGUCUUGCUGCAGCGUCGGAAGAGAGCCCUUGAAAAAUCGAAUCCUGGGGUCAUGUACCGGGUUGAGGUGGGCUCGCAAGCAUCUCAGGUCUUCCGACAGUCUAUUCUGCGUCCACUACGGCUUCUCUUAUUCUCGCCAAUAUGCACAUUUAUGAGUCUCUACCUGGCAUUAGUGUUCGGCCUCCUUUACCUCCACAUGGUAACUAUCACCCUCCUCUUCGCCUCUCAACCCAAGUACAACCUCCACAGCUACCACUGGACACACGGAACCACCGGCCUAGCCUUCCUCGGUGCUGGCCUCGGCGCAUUCGCUGGCGUCGCAUUCUGCAUGAAAUACUCCAACCCCUCAUACCGGUACUUUGCUGCCCGCUACGAGCAGAAAACCGGAAAGGCGACCCGCAUGCCCGAAUUUCGACUGCCAUUCAUGCAAGUAGGUAUGCUGAUCGUGCCCAUUGGUCUACUGAUUUUCGGGUGGACUGCAGAGUACCAUGUCCACUGGAUUGUGACGCUUGUGGGCACUGCGAUCCUGGGGCUGGGCAUGGUCACAGCGUAUAUCUGUGUACAGUCGUAUUUGGUCGAUGCGUUCGAAGAGUAUGCAGCUAGUGCGCUGGCUGCGGCUGUGGUGGCGAGGUUUAUUGUUGCGGCGGUGUUUUCGGUGGUUGGGUUUCAGCUGUAUAGGAGAUUGGGGUAUGGGUGGUAUGGGAUCGACGUUGUUGGCGUUCAUUUGUUUUGUGGCGGUCCCGAUCCCGUUUCUGCUGGGUCGGUAUGGACCUAG